ACUGGAUGGUACACCACCGAAGAAGAAAAAGCGGAAGCUACGAACCCAUCGCAAAAAGAUCGUGUAUGUCUGUAUUUUUUUCAUGUUUAUGGCCUGUUAAAAUUAAUUUCAGUAUUUUUAGACGUGUUAUUUCGCCGUAGACCAAACCUCACAGUUCAUUACAGUCUCGCACUUUAAAGCAGCGCGGGCUAACUUACCUUGUUAGCCCCUAAUAAACCGACGCAGAGAAAGUUAGCAACAAAUGCUAACUGUUAUUGUUUGAACAAAACAAAAAAUGUGUCACGUCCAAAUGCUGAGAGCGUUGGUGAGUGAAAGAUUGACUGCGGCGGUGGAAGAAAUAUUUGUUGUAGUAGAAAGAACGAUUGCAGAGUACGAAGAAGAACUGUGUCGGACGAAAGAGGAGAACGAGCGGCAACGUCAACUACUGGACGCUGUUUUCAAGCCUCAAAUAGAAGAAGUCCGUGAAAAAGAUCUGGUCCCUGAGCAGCAGGAGUGGAGCGCCAGGGUGGCUCAGAAGAAACCUUGGUGGCCCCACGUUAAAGAGGAGGAGCCAGUGGGGAGUCGUGAGGAUGCGGUCAUCCGCAAGUUCUGUGUGAUUGUGAAGAGUGAAGAUGACGAAGGUGAAGCUCAGUGGUCCCGGCCUGGUCAUAGUCGAAGUGAGGAGACAAGAACCGAAGCCGACUGCUUCUUAGCUCCGCUAUCAGAUGGUGACGACACAGUGUCACGAUCUCCUGACUUUAAAACUGAUACGACGUGUCACACUUCCAACCAACACAUUAAAUUCUCUCAAAGAAGUAAUUUAAAAAAGCACAAGAGAGGCCACACUGACAACAAACACUUGAAAUGUCCGGAAUGUGACAAAACAUUUGGCAGCAAGACUGAUUUGCAAAGACACGUGAGGAUCCACACGGGGGAAAAACCUUUCAGCUGCUCACUUUGCGAUAAAAAAUUCUCCUUAAAGGGAAAUUUGAUGGCGCACCAGAGAACGCACACAGGAGGGGAAACUUUUGCCUGCACAUCAUGCAGCAGAAGUUUUCGCGUCCGUUCAGCGCUGCGGAGGCACACGAGGACGCACACCGGCGAAAAACCCUUUUCCUGCUCGCUCUGCGGGGAGAGAUUUUCUCAGAAAGGUCACAUGAUUAGACACGUUAGGACACACACUGGCGAGAAGCCCUUCAGUUGCAACGUGUGCGAGAAAAAGUUCUCUGAAAAGUACAAUAUUAAGAAGCACAAGUGUUCCUUGGUCAAUUCCCAUCUGGCAACCGUUAGUAUGAGUCUGUUAUUGUAUUCAUGGCGUUUGUUCUUUUUUUCGACGCAUAUUUAUCUCGUCAUAUGCGACGUGUCUUUAAUUCGCCUGGUCAAUCUCGUCUCGGUGCACUUUGAAGCUCCUUCGGCUGGCAAACUGAGCGAGAACGAGCGGCGACGUGAAAAAAACUGGACGCUGUUUUACCAGAAGCCUCAAAUGGAGUCACGCAGAGCAGAUGUCGAUGGAGAAGAUCUUUCCCCAGAGCAGCAGCAGCAGCAGCAGCAGGCGCCACAGCCCCUCUACGGUCAAGAGGAAGAGGAGGAGCAGCUUGAAGGGCUGAAGAAGUUCCCAGUGAUUGGCAUGAUGGGGAAGAGUGACCAUGGCAAAAGGAAAGAUUGGUGGUCACAUCUUGAUGACAGCAGCGAGAAGAGACCAGAAGCCUGCGGCCUGUUGGAUCCUCCGCUCUCAGAUAGUGAUGACAUGACGUCCCACUUUCCCGACACAGAUGACGAAGACUUUAAAGCUGAUAUCAUGUGUUUCACUGACAACACACACUUUAAAUGUUCGCAAUGUGACAAAACCUUUGGCAACAGGAAGAAUUUAAACGCACACCGGAGAACACACACAGGAAACAAACCUUUCAGCUGCACGGUGUGCGGUAAAGGCUUUCCUCGAAAGGCACAUUUGAUGGCUCACACAAGGCUGCACACGGGCGAGAAACCUUUUUCCUGCACGGUCUGCCGCCAGAGGUUCUCGCAAAAGGCCCAUUUGAAAGCGCACGUGAGGACGCACACUGGAGAGAAACCUUUUUGCUGUUCAGUCUGUGGGAAAAGGUUUGCUCAGAAAGGACAUUUGCUCCAACACACAAGGACACACACUGGUGAGAAACCAUUCAGCUGCCAUGUGUGUGAUGACAGAUUCACUUACAAAUACCAACUCAACAAACACGCGUGUGCCGGUGACGGCAGCAGAAAAAAAACAGUUAUAUGACUAAAAAAAACAAGUCUUAAUGUUACAAAAUUAGUGAAGUGAAUUAUAUUUAUAUAGCGCUUUUUCUUUAGUGACUCAAAGCGCUUUACAUAGUGAAACCCAAUAUCUAAGUUACAUUUAAACCAGUGUGGGUGGCACUGGGAGCAGGUGGGUAAAGUGUCUUGCCCAAGGACAAAACGGCAGUGACUAGGAUGGCGGAAGCGGGAAUCGAACCUGCAACCUUCAAGUUGCUGGCACGGCCGCUCUACCAACCAAGCUAUGCCGCCCCUAAUUAAAUUGUUAAUUUACCUGAUGUUAAAGGCCUACUGAAACCCACUACUAC